CAGUAGUUCUUCCUCGGUCUUGGUGAGGUGAUGACAAAGGCAAGAACAAAACAAGCGUCACAAUGGCAGUGUUGUGCUGUGCCACUCCAAUCCCACCUCUCCAUCCCCCCUCACCAAAGCACAGCACAGGGCUAGAAAAGAAAAAGGAGAAGACCAAAAGAAAGGGAAAAACUUGAAAAAAGAAAAGAGCUCAAAAGAAAGCAACCAGGCAGGCCUCCUCCUCCCCUUUUCUCCCCUCCCAAUUCACACAAGAUUCACUCACCAGUUGAUUCUUUAGUGCCCACCCUCAUUCCCCUCUCUGAUCCAAGCCUUUCACUCAAAGCUUCCAGCUUUUCCAAUUGUUUGGUCACUUCAAGAAUCAAGGAAUAUGUUCUUGCUCUUUCGGCGAUAGUCUGAUCCAUCCAUCUGUCCAGGCCUCUCUCUUUCCCUGGCAUUUUGCUGUGCCUGGGCUCUGUGCGUGGUCACUGCAAGGAAAGGAUUUUGGGCUGUUUUUUCUGUUCUCGGGAUCCAAAUUUUGGGCAAGAUCUUCGGUUGAAGGUUCCUUUCUUUCCUGUUAUUGGCUCCUGUUGUUCCCUCCAAGUCCUAGGCAAGAAUUUGGAGGCCAUGAGGGUCCCUUGCGAUCGAUUCUGGUUGAUUUCUCGGGCUGUUGGAUUUAAGAUGCCUAUUUGACCCACCUCUGCUUCGCUUGAGAAAUUUCGCGCAUUUUUGCGAAAUUUGCUUCAAAAAAUUCGGGGUUGUUGAGCUAGAGACUCCUGUUCUUGAUCCGGUCCAUGGGUCUCUGCCAUGGCAAGCCGACGCAAAUCCCGGAGCCCAAGGCGGAAGAGGAUCCUCAUGUAGCCUCCGGUGCCGGGAACGGCGCCUCCUCGCCGUCGCCGGCGCCCGCGGCGAAGCCGGGCACGCCGAAGCAGCCCAAGUUCCCGUUCUACCUGCCGAGCCCGCUCCCGCCAUCGAGCUAUAAGGGCUCGCCGGCGAACUCGAGCGUGGCGUCCACGCCGGCGCGCGGCGGGUUCAAGCGGCCGUUCCAGCCGCCGUCGCCGGCAAAGCACAUCCGCGCGCUCCUGGCGCGGCGGCACGGCUCGGUGAAGCCCAACGAGGCGUCCAUCCCCGAGGGUGGCGAGCCAGAGCUGGGCCUGGACAAGAGCUUCGGCUUCUCGAAGCAUUUUUUCGCCAAGUACGAGCUCGGCGAAGAGGUCGGCCGCGGCCACUUUGGCUACACCUGCUCCGCCAAGGCCAAGAAGGGCGAGCACAAGGGCCAGGACGUCGCCGUCAAGGUCAUCCCCAAGGCCAAGAUGACAACUGCUAUUGCAAUUGAAGAUGUGAGAAGAGAAGUGAGAAUAUUGAGUUCUCUGUCAGGCCACAACAACCUAGUGCAGUUCUAUGAUGCUUUUGAGGAUGAAGAUAAUGUGUAUAUAGUUAUGGAAUUAUGCAAAGGAGGCGAACUGCUGGAUAGGAUAUUGGCGAGAGGUGGAAAGUAUUCCGAAGAGGAUGCAAAGGUCAUUAUGGUACAAAUUUUGAGUGUUGUAUCAUUUUGCCAUCUUCAAGGCGUUGUUCAUCGUGAUCUGAAACCAGAGAAUUUUCUUUUCACCUCAAAGGACGAAAACUCUCCCUUGAAGGUCAUAGAUUUUGGCUUGUCCGACUUUGUGAAACCAGAUGAAAGACUCAAUGACAUUGUCGGAAGUGCUUACUAUGUUGCUCCGGAGGUGCUCCAUAGAUCUUAUGGCGCCGAGGCAGAUAUGUGGAGCAUUGGAGUAAUUGUCUACAUCUUGCUUUGUGGGAGCCGGCCUUUCUGGGCGCGCACGGAGUCAGGAAUCUUUCGAGCUGUAUUGAAGGCAGAGCCAAGUUUUGAUGAGGCUCCAUGGCCCACUCUCACUGCCGAAGCUAAAGACUUUGUAAAAAGGCUUCUUAAUAAGGAUUACCGCAAGAGAAUGACUGCUGCACAAGCUCUCAGUCAUCCGUGGAUCCGUAAUGCUCAGCAAGUGAAGGUUCCUUUAGAUAUGAUAAUCUAUAAGCUUAUGAGAGCUUACAUCAGUUCGUCUUCACUGCGGAAGUCUGCUUUGAGGGCCCUAGCCAAGACAUUGACAACAAAUCAACUCUUUUAUGUAAGGGGGCAGUUUGAAUUGUUGGGUCCAAACAAGAAUGGUUAUAUCUCCUUGCAAAAUUUGAAAUCGGCGUUGGUGAAAAAUUCCACCGAUGCGAUGAAGGACUCUAGGGUUGUUGAUUUUGUAAACACGGUGUGCACACUUCAGUACAGAAAAUUGGAUUUUGAAGAGUUUGCUGCUUCUGCCAUCAGCGUUUAUCAGAUGGAAGCUUUGGAUACCUGGGAACAGCACGCUAGGCGUGCAUACGAACUGUUUGAUAAGGAAGGCAACCGACCUAUUGUUAUCGAAGAACUUGCAUCGGAACUCGGACUUGGCCCAUCAGUGCCUCUCCACGUUGUUCUCCAAGAUUGGAUCAGACACGCUGACGGGAAGCUCAGUUUCCUCGGAUUCAUAAAACUUUUGCAUGGGGUUUCUUCACGCUCGAUCCCAAAAACCUGAUAUAAAUCAUUAUUUGCAUCCAUCAACCGAGGAGAUAACAGAUAACUGAUCACUAAGCUAAUCUCUGGCUGGUGUGUUUGUGUGUUUCUGUUCGAGGUGGCUGGAGGAUGACUGCCUGAAACCAAACAAAACGAACAGAAGUGUUUGAUAGUCUUGUGUAAGAGGUAAAAAGCUCAUGUUUGAUAGUCUUAUGCCUAAUACUUCCGCCCCUUGCCACGUGGAUUGAUGUUGUACUGAGCUGUGUAGACGAGUGUACAGAUGAGGAUAGGAAAAAAGAAUAUGGAAGGGCUAAAGAUUUGAGACUGCUGUUUGCCAAUGUCAAUGCCUGCAUUUUAGCUGUA